AUGCCAGCCAGCGCCAACGGCUCGGGAAACGGAUGAGGUGAGAGGACUCCACCGUCUCGUCGACCCCCGCUGCAAAAUGGCUAUGGCAAUGGCUUCCUUCGCCGUCGCUUCCCACCACCGCGGCGCCCACCUGGCCGCAGGCUUCCCCUCCACCGCGCGAGAAGGCGGGAGGGUCGGCCGCAGCGGCGUCACCAUCUCCAUGAGAGCCCAGAAGAAGAAGAGCAGUGGCGACUCUGGGAGUAGCAGUGGGGGCGGAGGUGCAGGCGGGGACGGGCGGGCCAGUGGCGGGCGGCGAGUGUGGCGUCGUCGGAAAUUGACCAAAGAGGAUGACACAUUGCGUUACAAGUUGGAUCGUAUCCCUUUCUUAGAAGAGAAGGUGAGAAAAGUAAGGGAGAAUGGGAAGAUCAUAUGCUUGGACAUUAAUCAGCUGAUGUUAUCUCAAGAGAAUAGAUUUGCUUUCACCAUGGAGGUGGCUGAAGAAGCUAAUGCCUAUCUUGAGAAGAACAGGCAUGAAUAUGGGUUGAAGAAACCUAUACUGCAUGUCAUCAGUGACCGCAUGAAUGAAGCUGGGUUUUCUCGACCAGAGGGUUACCUUUAUCCUUAUCCUAUCAAGCCCGGUCCUUAUUUCAUUAAAGAAGAGGGAAGCUGAGUAAGAUUACAUGCUAUUUGAUAAUGUAAUGAGGAGCUUAGUGGUCUAGCCAUUCCUGCCCCCAAUCCCCGGCCUUCUGCGAGGAUCAUGCCUAGAGUUUGCCCCUCCAUAAUCAUAAUCCUGAACCUCUGUAAGAAUCUUUCUGCUGUGACCCUGUAAUUAGAAGAUAAAAGCAUAUAUGGAUUAAGCUAAUGGAAAAAAGAAACCUAAAAGUAACAAUUCUGAUAUUUGUUGACAUGAUUUUUGGGUUCAGCAGGCCACAUCAUUACCACCAGUUUAUGAGAUAUUGCUAUAUGACUGUUUUGAGCAUGAUUAUGUAUAGCAAAGGUGAAAAAAAAAAUCAAGAGUUUGGAACACAAACAACUAUUCCACAUCUCAAAUUUAAAUAAUAACAGAGGGUGACAAUUGACAGACCAUUAUCAACUUUGCAGUAAUAGCAUUAUCAUUUCCAACUACUAUGGUUUGGCCUGCAUUAGGACAAAAGAACAUGUUCAGAUAUAAAAUCAAUGGUUUAACAAUUAGUAUAGUGCACAGACACAAAAGCAAACCCCAUACCUGCAG